GAUCUGGACAAAACGUGGAUCCAACGACCGGGAAAAUACGUUGCAGGGAUACUUGUGAAACGAAAGCGUUCAACCAAAGAUCAACGACAUCAACGACAACCACACACGCACACUCUCCUGUCUCUCCCUCCCUCUGUUUUCGGCAGCGAAAUCUCAGACGGAAAGCUGAAGUCAAGGAGAAAAAGACGACGAAGAAGAAGCGCAUUGAAGUUCGUUUAUUAGAUUUCGUAUUGGAAGCCAUUCCCUUUCUCAUCCGCGUCAUCUUCUUCUUCUCCUUUCCCGAUUCUCGUAAAGAGGACAAAGUAAAGGAGGAGAAGGCUUGUAUUUAAUUUCUCAUUGCCCUUGGACCAGACAUUCUCGGACCCACUCAUCUUAUCUCUCCGUCCAUCUGUGUCGUCUUUUUGGGCUGGCGGGGUUGGUGUCCAUUGCAGAGAAACGGAGAAAAGAAGAGGAUCGCCUUCUUCUAGAUUUGUCCUACGUACAUUUGAUUUGCCAUCGUUUUUAUUAUACCACAAUGGAUGUGGCCCCUUCGCCGCAUUUUCUCCGUUUCUUGAUUUUUAAAUAAGAAAGUAGAACCAGCAGUUUCUUCAUUUAAACUGAAUAUGAGGGGACCUCUCAAGAAUGAAGUAUGAACUGAAAAAAGAAGAAGAAGAAGAAGAAGACGAUUAAAGGACAGCUCGAACAACUCUCUCUCUCUCUCUCUCUAAAACAAACACAGAGUGGAAUAUUUGAAGGAAAAGUGGUGAAUGCUUUCUGGGAACAUCGGGCUUCUUGCAAGUUUUUCCGGGAAAUAUUUGACACUUAUUCUGAGUAGGGAACACGAGGCUUCUUCCAGGAAUACUAUCAUUAUAAUAUUAUAAUGGGUGCUUGUGUAUCAACAUCCUCUAGAAGCAUACCAUCACAGAAAAAACACCAAAAAUGCCAUGGAAAGAUUUCUAAUUCAAUCCCUAAAUUCUCCAAGAAAAGGAAUAGUUAUGCAGGAAAUCGGGUAAGAGAUUAUGCUGUUAGUAAGUUUGUUCACAUGGACUUUGAGAAUGGUGCGACAACUACUUGCAGAAGAUCUGAGGUUUCCAAUUCUACAUUCCAUCUCACCCAGCUGCAAUGGCACCACAGUCAGUAUGAUGCAAAUGUAAUCUGCCAAGAGGAUGCUUGGUUUGACUCGGUUAGUAUUCUGGAGUCUGAUUCAGAUGAUGACUUCAGUAGCGUAAAUGGAGAAGCCACAGAUGGAUUUCCCUCUGUAAGCAAUGCAAUUGGGAACAUAUCUAGCGGCCAAGUGCUUCAGUUUGAAAGAUCAGCAUGCUUUACGGAUAGUAGGUGUAAGUACGAAGAGUACCACGAAAGCUAUCUCAAAAUCAAUGGAGGCAAAUCAGAGAAAUUCCGUAGCCAGGGUUAUGAGCUUUCUUGCUCAGGGAAGGCUGAUGAAGUUUGCAGCAAGAGGAAGAAAAUGUUGGAUAAUUCUUAUGGAAGCUUCAAAGGUCUUCAAGAGGAUAGACGUGAUUCUGAAGAGAAAAUUCAAGGGUUGCCUCAGUUGGUUUCUUCUAUGAGUUUCAAUGACAAGAUUCUAAACCCACCAAGUACAGGUCGACUGUCUCAGCGGAAGCACUCAGCCGUUUUCAGGCUUUCUUUCAAGAGAAGAUCCUGUGAUGGAGGAGAAACCAUAGAACAUUGUCAAUCAAAAAGAUACAUGUAUCGUCCCAGAGCGGGACAUACAAUUCCAUGUUGUGCAGGGGAGAAGCCAACCCCAGGAUGCUGGUCUGAGAUUCCCCCCUCAACCUUCAAACUCCGUGGUGAAAGCUAUUUUAAAGAUAAGCGGAAGUCACCCUCUCCAAAUUACAGUCCAUAUACUCCAAUAGGUGUUGAUUUAUUUGUCUGCCCGAAAAAGAUACACCACAUUGCCCAAUACCUUGAGCUUCCUAAUGUGAAAACAGAUGGCGAAGUGCCUCCACUUCUUAUUGUAAAUAUCCAGAUGCCUACAUAUCCUGCUGCAAUGUUCCUUGGUGAUAGCGAUGGGGAAGGGAUGAGUCUUGUGCUAUACUUCAAAGUAUCUGAGAGUUUUAAUAAAGACAUCUCUUCUCAAUUUCAGGAUAGCAUCAAGAAAAUGGUGCAAGAUGAGAUGGAGAAGAUUAAAGGUUUUACAAAAGACUCCACUGUUCCUUUCAGAGAAAGGCUGAAGAUCAUGGCUGGUGUAGUUAAUCCUGAGGAUCUUCACCUGAGUUCGGCUGAAAGGAAGCUUAUACAUGCGUAUAAUGAAAAACCAGUCCUUUCCCGCCCUCAGCACAAUUUUUUCAGGGGUUCUAACUACUUUGAAAUUGAUCUGGAUAUUCAUCGCUUCAGCUACAUAUCAAGGAAGGGACUUGAAGCAUUCCGAGAGCGCUUGAAAAAUGGAACACUUGAUUUAGGUUUAACAAUCCAGGCACAAAAACCGGAAGAACUGCCAGAGCAAGUGCUGUGCUGUUUGAGACUAAACAAGAUAGAUUUCAUUGAUCAGGGUCAAAUACCUACACUAGUGACCCAAUGACUUGUAUGAAUGCUGAAAUGGAGGGUUCGGCGUAUUAAUUUGAUGGACAGGACACAUAUGUAGUUGGGGAUCAUCGGGAUAUCCAUUUUGUGCGCACCCCCCUGCAUAUGCCAACCUUCUAUGAAAGGAAACGAAAAUCCAAAAUGACAAAGUGUCUGUGUUUAGAAUCAAUAAUCAUGCUAAUAUCAGCAUGUUUGUGCAACCGUGUAUAUGUUAUAUAUCGUGUUGCCAUGACUCUGAGCCUUGGCUUGUCUCGGAAACAAAACCCAUUUAGGACAGGGAUUUGACAUUGGAUCACAUAUACUUGUACACUUUGUCUCAUAAAAAUGUAGCAUUUUUACAUUUUUAAACCUUGUCUGUCAAAAAUUAUUAUGGACCCCUAAAUACUGUCACUAAUAUUGGAAAUGGUGGCUAAAGAUUAUUUUCACCAAAUUCUAUA